UGUGGGCCAGCUGACUACGUAGGAAACAUAUGCCUUCACCUAGCCCGGCCCCCGACUCCACGGCAGACCUAAAAAGCGAUGGCUCGAUGUCGUGAAAGCGGAUAUGAGCAUAAACGGGCUCACACGAGAGGACGCCCAGGAUCGCGCAAAGUGGAGGAAAGCAAGUAGGAAAGCGGACCCUGGCAAAGGCCGGGAUAUCGCUAGGUAGAAGAAGAGUGAGAGAGUUGCAAGGAUUGUAUAUUGUAACGUCAAAAAAGAUUGUACCAUUUACCUACCUACAAUAAGUAUUUUGUAAAUAGAAAAUAGGUGCCCAAAACUAUUUGAAAUAAAAUACAAAAUGGUUUUCUUAUAAAACAUAUACACCUUUACGCCCCAUCAGUUAGGCUUUAUAGCCCUCAACUUUAAAUAUAUCUACGGGGAGUGUAAACCUUAUUGCUGUGGAUGACCCAUAUACCAAUACGAUUGUAAUCUAAUCGCAAUAGGUCUGUUAUCACGUUGUUAAAAUAAUACCUUUCUAUGUAAUAAAGUAACACAUUGCUGAAAACUUAUCACCGAUAGUGUCAUGAUUCAUAAUGUGUUUCCUAUAAUUAACGAUUUUUACGCACUUCUAUGCCAACAUGAAAAACCAAUUAAACUUUUAAGAGUAUCGCCUUUAACGCAAUUGGCCCGCAGAUUUGCGCGGAGGCGUCUGUGCGUUGCGAUUGGUCGACGGUUUCCCUAAGUACAGGAGUUUUCGCGGGCUUUCCAUCAGUUGCCGGCAAAGUUUCCCGCGCGUAGCUGCCAGCUACGUUUUGCGAGUCACAAAAGUUAUGACGAGUGCUUGAUUCCAGAGAAGCAGUUUGUUCACGACCACCAUGAACACGGCCAGAAUGUACUGUCUGUUGAUCGUCGCGUGCGUGCAGCUGGGCCAGCACGCCGCCAGCGCGCAGGACAAGCGCGCGCCUAUGGGCUUCGUCGGCAUGCGCGGCAAGAAGUUCACCGACAUCGAUGACCCCGACAUCUUCAAAAGGAAACCACAGUACCAUUUCAUCGGCGUCAAAGGCAAAAAGGAUCUGUACGACUUCGAUCAAGAAGUCAAGCGAGCUCCCAUGGGAUUCCUCGGAAUGCGAGGCAAAAAAGAUCCCGAUUCCUAUUUCUUUUCACCUCACUCCUCGUCCGAACUCUACGACGAUACUGGAUAUUUCAGAGGCAAAAUAGACUACUCACCGAUCCCGAUGUCGGAGCAACACAAUCAAUUGCAGGAUUACCAGUUAAAUGAAUUACUAGAGAGGUUGCGAGCGUCCGACGAAAACGAGGUUUCCAUGCCCGAGUCGGCAGAAGAUGACAUGUCCAACGCGAUAAACAAAAGAGCGGCAAAAAUGAAUCAAUUUUAUGGCGUCAGAGGCAAGAAAUCCGGGCAGCCUUUUGAAGCCAACUUUCGAGGCAGAUUCAUUGCGGUAAGGGGCAAAAGGGACAUGAAAAGCAACGUAGCGCAGGAGAUCAAGUUUUUGUUGGGGCAAAAUGGGCCGUGGCCGAAAAGGAAGGCGCAGAUGGGCUUCUUUGGCGUGCGGGGCAAGAAAUGGACUAACGAGUUCAGUUCCGAAGAAGAGCAAGUAAACUAAUUAUCAUCAGUGCAACGAUCAGUUCUUGCUCCAAAAGACUUCUUCUAUCCACAUAUCUUAUUAAUUCCUGCUCUGCGCCUUUCGGCUUUUGAACUAGUCAAGAUUAUACCAAAGCAGUGUUAAGCUUAAACGAAUAGCUCUAGGUUAAUGAACAUCUUGCUUUCAUAACGUUACCAGGAAAUUAAAUAUAAAUGUUGUACGUAGAUAGAUUAAACUUAUUUUUUAUUGAAGUGGGAAGUAGUGAUUUUCUCAUAAUUUAUUGUUAUAUUGAAUAAAACUACCUAUCUCUAUUAGUUAUUAUUUGAAUAAUUGUUAAGAUGCCUGUUUCUCGAUUCGACGUUAAGAAAUGUUAUCUAACGAAGUUUUAUAAUUAUUUUAAUUAAUGAUAUAGGCACUGUAAUGUAUUGUACAUUUUGUUAAGGCUGGCAAAAUGUUACAGACAGAACACUGUAAGUAUUAUAAUUAAAUAAAUGCAGUUGC